CCACACCCACAGGAUGAAAUAAGCAGAAGAGGAAGUAGGAGUAGCCAGUCUUGGUAAUGAUACAUGUGCAGUUCGGCUGCAGGCUCUCUGCAGCUCUCUGUGAGCAUGCCUGAUGAUGGGGCAGGAGAGAAGUGUAGGGGGGGACAGUUGGAAACGGCGUCAUGUUGACAGGAAGAGGAAGUGGUGAGCUGUUUGAACUACCUGGUAAACCAUGAGACAUGCCUGUUCCUGUCUAUGUGAUCUCAACUCGAUCCAAAUGUAGAUUUACCUGUUUUCACAAAAUCUCUCACUAAAAUCUGGAGGGAGCACCGUCUUGCCUCGUACUGCCUGGCACGUAUUUGACUGUUUCGAGGGAACCAAAACAUGACACAAAACGGUGCCGGACCCGGCAGCGGUACCACAAAAAAGGUGGAAGAACUUAAAAUUGUGAUUGUGGGAGAUGGAGGCUGUGGGAAAACUUCUCUUCUGAUGGUUUAUGCCAAAGGUGAUUUUCCAGAGAAAUAUGCUCCAUCAGUGUUUGAAAAGUAUGUCACAACUAUCUCCUUGGGAGGAAAAGAGAUAAAGCUCAACCUGUAUGACACAGCCGGACAAGAUGACUAUGACAGACUGAGGCCACUGUCAUACCAAGAAGCUAAUCUGGUUUUAAUCUGCUUUGAUGUGACCAACCCUACCAGCUUUGAGAAUGUUAUGAUCAAGUGGUACCCAGAGGUGAGGCACUUCUGCAGGGGCACACCGGUGAUCCUGAUUGGCUGCAAAACUGACCUCAGGAAGGAUAAAGAGUGUUCAAGGAAGCUGAAGGCCAUGAAUCUGAAUCCCAUUACCUACGUUCAGGGCGAGGAGACUCGGCAGGAGAUGAACGCGGAGCUCUAUCUUGAGUGUUCGGCCAAACAUCAGGAGAACGUGGAGGACAUUUUCAGAGAGGCGACAAAAAGAGCCCUGGCCUUCAACCGAAAACAGAGGAACAACAAGAGGAAGAAAAAAUGUCUUAUUCUGUGAAGAUACAAACUUUCAGGAUCCAACGCUCUUGCAGGCAAUUGUUAGAGGAUCCUUUGCUAUAGUCAACGCAUUUGGACACUUGAGAUGCCAAAUAUAAUUUGCGUCCUACACAGAUAUGAAAGUAAAAAAAAAAAUUUUAAAAACCCUGAAAGGAUGCGUCUUAUGUGCACCCUGGAAAGCCGGUUAGUAAUCUUCAACAGCGCAACAAAAAUUGCGAUUGCUGCAACAGGAAGGGCAGUUUUGCAAGUUGUAGUGACAUUUUCUAAUGUAGCAUACAAGACACUUCUUGUAUGCGUUUUGUACUUUUUGUGUUUAUGUACAAGUAUUUUUUUUCCUGAAAGUAUUUUGCACCACAACUGCAGAAAGUUGUCUUUACCUAUUUAUUAAUGGAAAUCAGUUCUUGAGCUGACAUUCGUAGGCAACAUAAUCCUACUUAGAAUAGUUGUUGGUUUUCAAUACGUAUUGGUACUGUGACUUUAAAGUAGCACUGGUUGGCUACCAACAUGGCAGGCCUGUUAGUAAUUCUUAACUUUACCAACAGCGCCCACUUGAGGCAGAAAAUAAACUAGCACGUUAAAUGUCAAGUGCUAUUAAUAUUCCAAAAUUAAAAUAAAAGCAAAUCUUCACAUAAACAGUUGCAUAUUUGUGUUUAAUGUAGCGUGGGUUUUGUUCACAACAACAUACACAGGUUAAAGAAACUGGCACAUGUCCUCUGUUACUGACCACACUUCAGACACAUGAAAUGAACAGCUACAUUGUGAAAUAAGAUUAUUUGUGCAUUACGACAUAAAAAUGGAACAAUCUGAUCCUCAAAGAGCUUCAAUUUUCCCCCUCAAUAAAAAGGAGUUCUACGUGCCCUCUGAUGGAACUACAAUUUGUUGAAAUAAUAA